AUUAGUUCUUGAUGGAAGGAGUUCUUCAGAGGAUGAUUCGCAAGGAUAGAAUACAUUUAUUGAACCUGUCAGAUCAGAUUGACGAACUUCUUGUACAUGAAAAUUGAUUGCAUAGCAACCUACGAGUAGGAGAUUAAUCUAUCAGACAUAUCGAGGAUGACGACGGUCGAUAGCACUACCUUUCUCGCCGACGGCGGAUAUCUGCAAAAGGGCAAGGACAAGAAUCUUCGAGCGGUCGACUUGGGACGGAAAACGCACAAUCUGCCACCGUCGAGAUGGUAUCGAGAUGAGAAGAUCUUUCAAUUGGAGAGAAGGGCUUUGUUUUCAACAUUAUGGCAUGUUGCAAGUUUCAGUGCGCGGUUUCAGAAGGCUGGCGAUUACUUGACGAUGGAAAUGUUUGGAUGGAAUUUCUUCCUCAUAAGGGACAAGGAAGGAAGAAUCAAUGCCUUCCAUAACAUUUGUCGGCACCGCGGGCACCCAGUGAUACAAAAGACCAGCGGGUCGAGUACGGUGCUUGCAUGUCGAUUCCAUGGCUGGUCGUAUUUGCCCACCGGCGAACUGCACAAAGCGAGGGAGUACAACGAACUUCCCGACUUCGAGCCCAAGGCUCAUUCGCUCUUUAAGAUCCAUACUCACGUCACGCCGCAGGGGUUCAUUUUUGUGAAUUUCGACGCUCGAGAGACCCCAGCAGUCAGCUUUGAAGAGCAAUUUGGUGAUGAUUUCGAGCCUAUGCCGACGACACAGACCGGGAGGGAAAUUGGAGACGAGUUCGCCUUGUUUCCCAAUGACGGAUGGGAAUAUGAUCAUACGUGGAAUAGCAGUGUUGGAGGGACCGAGUUCAACUGGAAGACUUUCGUGGAUGGGUUUCAGGAAUGUUAUCAUUGCCAAACUGGCCAUCCGACAACCCUACCAAAAGACUUCGCCCUGGAUCAGUACUAUCUUCGUCAGGGACAUGGAGCGUCGCGACAUUUCCUUCCUCCGAAGAGAGAAGGCUUGUCUGAAGCAUACAUCACCUGGUUGUACCCCCUGGGAGUCGUCACAUUCAGCGACAAUCUGCUCUUCAUCGGACGAUUCAAUGCCACUGGAGCUCUCGAGACCUCCUAUGACAGCGAGACUUACCGGAGAGCGAGCAUGAAGAAGCCGAGUGCAGAGUACGAUCACUGGAUGGAGCAUGAUAUCGCAUACUGGCGGUUUGUGGAAACCGAGGAUGUCGAGUUGGCAGUCAGUGCUCAGAAGGGAUUCAAAAAUGGUGUCUUGGGAAUAGGAAGGCUGCACUCUGUCGAAGAGCAUGCGGUGAAGUGGUAUUUGGAUAAAGUACGGGACAUGUUAGUACGACAUGCCGAGCUGGAGAAAGCGGAAGGUAAGAACAUUGAUUAUGCGAUUCCCAAGGCCCAGGCCGAUGCAGCCGAAGAGGAUGCGGUCUGCAAGCUGGUUGGGCCGGAGUAUGAAUGGUAGGAUAUCGUGGUGGCGGGGUAGGUGGUGGGAAGUAGGAG